CCCUGCGGUCAGUCUAAUUCUGUCAGAGCCGCGGGUGGGGGGGGAGGCCUGCUGUAUCUGCAAACCCAACCUGCCAAAGGGCAAAGACACUGACUUUCUAAACUUGGUCUCUGCCACUCUGUCUCUCCACCUUUUCCACUUGGGUAGUUUUUAAGACCAAUGUAAGCACAUGUCUGGAUCCAGGAGGAAUUUUUGGGACUUGUGAUGAAAUAAAGGAAGUGCCGAUUUACAUAGAACAGUCGUGAUCCUGCUGGGCUUAAGAGUUUUUUUUUUUUUUCCAAACACCCUGGGAUUAAACACCCAGUAGGAUUAAGCUGUUUAAAGGAGGAAAAUCCUGAUAUUUUGUCUUCAUGGAAACAUAACCUGCACAAAGAAUUGACUUUUUGGAGGAUUUUAAUAUUGGAACAAUGACAGAUGCUGCUGAAGCACGGUCGUCGGUGACAACCACCAUGGUCAUUGAUGGCAAAGUGGGAGAAGCUGGCUCAACCACUGUCCAGGGGUCCAAGAAAACGUUAACAGAGGACUUCUACUCUACUUUUAGCUCUCCUUUAGCCUGGAUCCUGGUUCUGGCACUAGUCAUCACAUGGACAUGUGUGUUCGUUAUAAUGUUCGAUCUGGCAGACUACAAGACCAUUGCAGAUCGCCCUUCUGCUGGCAUCAGGAAGGUUUUAAAGGAUUCAGGGCGCAGAGGAGGUCUCAGCAAAUUCAGCUCAGACCCUGUGAAGGUGGUGAACGACGCUGUGGACGAAUCAACAAACAUGAUUAGCUCUGUGUUUAAUUUCGCUGCAAGCCUCAUCGCUCCAGAGGAAGAUGAAGGAACGCUGUAUGCAGUAAGGAAAAAAGGAGAAUUUCUACCACCCAGAAGUAAAGUUAUAGAAAUGCAAGUUCAGACAACACAAGAAAAGACAGAAGAAACAGCAAAAGAUGAAGAAGAGGAUGAGGAUGAGGCAGAGGAGGAAGAGGCUGCUGAGGAGGAAGAAAAAGAGGAGGAUGGAGACGAAAUAGAGGAAGAGGAGGAGGAAUAUGAUGAGGAAGAGGAAUAUGAGGAGGAGUAUGAAGAAUAUUAUGAGGAAGAUGAGGAGUAUUAUGAGGAGGGGGAGUAUGAGGAGGAAUAUGAGGGGGAUGAGGAGGACGAAGAGUUAGAUGAAGAUGAUGAGGCAGAGGAGGAGGAAGGAGAUGAAGAGGAGGAAGGAAUUGAGUCUGAACAAGCAGCCGAUGAAGAAGAUGAGGCAGUGGAGGAAGAGGAGGAUGAAGUAGAAGAAGAAGUAAAAGCAGCAGGAGCCGAACAAGAGGAAGCAGAAGAGGAGAAGACGGAUGAAGAUGGAGAGGAGGAAGAUGAUGAAGCUCAUCCAUCUGCUGAAGUAGAGCCCAAAGAUGAAGAUGAUGCGAAGGAAGAAGCAAAAAAAGAUGAUGAUGAGGAAGCAGAUGCAGAUGAGGAAGAUGAGGCCUCUCAUGAAUACUCUCCUGAACCCGUUUCCACCUCAGACGAUGAAGAGGCGGCUCUCUCUCCAGACUCCGAUUCAGACGUUCCAGUAGCCAUCAGACACAGCGAUGAAGAUGUCACGCUCCCUGAGGAUGAUGAUGGCAAAGAUGAAGACCUAGAAGAUGAUAGCAGUGAUGACGCGUUUGUCGAUUCCUCAGACAGUGAAGCCGCACUUCUGCCCAGCGAGGAAGAUGAUGAAGAUGACAAAUUGGCAGCAACAUCAGACAGCGAUGAUGUCAUCUUAGAGGACACUGAGGAUGACUUAGAUCUUGAUCUUCCUCCCACAGUCAUUACUAGUGACGAUGAGGAAGAUGUUAAAAUUACAAGCGAGGAAGAUCUAUCUUAUCUACCAUAUGAUGAUGACGAUGAUGAUGAAGACAUAAAGAUUUCUGAAGACACUGAUAAAGAAGACGAAGAUACCGGGGAUGAUCUGGACCAAUCAGACGACGUCUCUGUUGCUUCCUCUGAACAGUUUGCAGAUGAUGAAGAUGAAGGUAGAGAUGACGAGUAUGAGAGGGACAUCCCCAUCGACCUUGAUGAUGAUGAAGAUGCUGAAGAUCUCGAUAAAUUUGUUGAAGAUGAUGAUGAUCAUGAUGAUGAUGAUUAUGAAAGAGAAGUAGAAGAGGAAGAUGUUCUUCCUUUUCUCAGCUCAGACAGCGGUGUGUUGGGUGAUGAAGAUGACGAUGACGACAGCUCUCUGAAACUGGAUGAAGACUCUCUGAGUGAUGAAGACGAGACUGACGAAGAUGAGGACGUUGAGACGAGCUCAGCAGACAUCAGCUUCGGAGAGGAAAAGAUGAAAACAUCUGUUGGCACUGAGGAAGACGUAGAUGAAGCAAAGGAACCCUUCGAUGAAGACUUAGAAGAUGACGAUGAUGAUAAAGAUUUUGAUGACCUGGUCCUUGCAGGCACUAUAGCAGCGGCGUUAACCAGCCAGGAGGAGGCAGCAAAGACUGAGGCAGAUGAUGCUGAGGAGGAGAAGGCUGAUGAAGAUGAGGCAGAGGAGGAUGAAACAGAAGAAGCUGAGACCCACCAGCCUGCUGAUACUGAGGACAAAGAUGAGGAGGAAGAAGCUGAAAAACCUGUUUCUAAGCCUCGGAAAUCUGUAGACAAAUCUGAAGAGAAAGAGGAGUAUGAUGAAGAUGGAGAUGAGGAAAAGGCAACAGUGGAUGUGAUUAAACCUGUGCCUGAACCAGAGGAGGAAACACCAGCUGGUUAG